GGGUCGCCGCGCAGCCGUUGCUCGGGCGGGCGGGCCCGACGGCGUCCUGGCGAUGCCGCGGCUGCUCUGCUUGUGUCUGCCGUGGCUCGGGCUGCUGAUGGUCCGGUUCUCCGGUGAGCUGAGCGACAUCAGUAUAGCCAGGAGGCUGUGCGGCAGGUACUUGGUGAGAGAAAUAGUAAAACUCUGCGGCCAUGCUGACUGGAGCCAGUUCCAGUUGGAGGAGGAAACCCCUCUCACACAGCAGAUUUCUGAGCCCUCGGAGAAGGUCGAAGCGUUUGACUCUGACCAGUUCGAAAGCCCGCAAACCCGCGUCCCGAGCUGGGGGAGAGGCAGAAAUCCAGUGUCUACCUCUGUCUCUCAGGAAGAAGCAAUAAACAGUUGGGAAAUGCACUCACUGCCCGGGUAUCAGUAUAAAAAGGUGAAAUCACCCUCUGAUAAAACAAGAGAAUUUUCCUCCUCACAGGAUAUCAAUCAAUAUAUUCAUGAGAGUGUAAAAUUUCAGAAGAAAAGUACAAACAAAAUUAAAACCUUGAACAAUUUGUUUUGGGGUAAUCAUCCCCAAAGAAAACGCAGAGGAUAUUCAGAAAAGUGUUGUCAUAGAGGAUGUACAAAAGAAGAACUUAGCAUUGCAUGUCUUCCAUAUAUUGACUAUAAAAACUUAAAGGAAAAAGGAUCAUCACUUGUAACUGAGAUAUACUAACCAUCAUAGGAAUUAUACUAAUUUAAUAAAAGUUUAAUAAAUUUAUUUUACUUUUUUAUUUUUUGGUAGUUAUGCUUAUAGGUGAUAUGCUGUGACCACUAUCUGAAUGUACUUGCAAGCAUUGGACAAUACCUUAUGAUGGUAAUAGGAAUCUUAGAAUUUUCUUUGGUGAUCCUAAUUUUUUCCUUAUUUUUCAUAUUUUUUAAGAUGUUACUGGAGGUGGUAUGAUCCGUAUAAACAUCUAAGAAUUAUCUGUUCAUUUCUUGUCAUUAUGGUUGAAACUCUCUUAAGCUGCAUAUAAGUUCUGCAUUCCAUCUGUAUGACAUACAGCUGAUGCCCAUGACUAUUAGACUUACUCCAGAAUGCCAAUACAUCUGUUCCACCAACUUAAAAAUAACUAACCAACCUAUCACACUUGGUAGGAGCUUUUGUACUGUAUUAAUAGGUACACUUUUAAUUCCUUGACUUUUAUUAUAGUAGCUGGUCAGAUUCUCUUCACAAUUUCUACUGAGGACUGAAAAGAGAGUUCAUCGAAUGUUUGUUUUUAGGUUGUAAAAUCUCUCCAAAAUACCGUGUUUGCUUUGAAAAUACUGAUACAAUAUGAAUCAACACAUAAUUCUCAAUAUUGCCAGUGGUAAUAGAAUUCAAUAUAAAUGGAAUCAAACAGUACAUACUGUUGUGUCUGGCUUAUUUCACUUAACAUAAGGUUUUUGAGAUACAUCCAUAUUGUUGCAUGAAUCAGUAAUUUGUUCCUUUUAAUUCUUCAUAGUGUUCCAUUCUAUUAGGAAUAAAGCUGCUAUGAACAUUGAUGGACAAGUUUUAGUGUGGACAUAUGUUUUUAUUUCUCUUGGGUAAAUAUAUAAGAAUGUAAACAAUAUGGUGUAUGAACAUUACAGGGGU